AUGGCCACUCAGGUGCGACUUGCCGCCGCCCACGUCGCUCCCAUCUUCCUCUCCGCUCAAGAAACAACGCACAAAGCAAUCCGCUUGAUCGAACAGGCCGCUAGAAACAAGGCCAACCUCGUCGCGUUUCCGGAAUCUUUCAUAUCGGCAUUCCCCAUCUGGAGCGCCUUGCGCCCACCGACUGAGAACCAUGACCUCUUCCAGCGGAUGGUCCGGGAAUCCAUCCACGCAGACGGCGAGGAGAUGCAGGCGGUUCGCGCGACGGCGAGGAAAUGCAACGUCACCGUCAGCCUUGGCUUCUCGGAGAAGGUCCGCACCAGCAGUGCGACCUUAUUUAACUCGAACAUGAUCAUUGGCAGUCAGGGCAACGUUCUCGUCCAUCACCGGAAACUCGUGCCGACGUUCUUUGAGAAGCUGACUUGGUCGCCUGGGGAUGGCUACGGAUUACGGGUGGCAGAGACGGAGUUCGGCAAGAUUGGGGCCCUUAUUUGUGGGGAGAAUACUAAUCCUUUGGCUCGAUAUGUUCUUAUCGCUCAGGGCGAGCAGAUCCAUAUCUCGACCUGGCCGGCUGUAUGGCCGACCUGGUUGCCAUCGCAAUCCACGACGGAAGAGCACAAGCCACAGCCCGACGCUACAGGAAAGGCAAACUAUGACAAUGUCGCCGCGAACAGAAUCCGCGCGGCCGCCCAUUGCUUCGAGGCCAAAUGCUUCGGGAUCCUCUGUGCCAGGCUAUUGGGACCCGAUGCGAUUGAGAUCGUCUCCUCUGGUUCGUCUGGCCUAAAACAGUCCUUGGAGCAAUCCCAACGAGCGGCGACUAUGUUUCUCGACCCAACGGGGGCACCGAUACGGGGGUUUUGGAUAGAUGAAGCUACGUCGGCUCAGCAUUCGGUUGAUUUCCUACAAGCUCGGGAAGGGAUGCUGUACGCUGAUGUUAAUUUGACCGACUGUAUCGAGGGCAAACAAUACCACGAUACUGCCGGUGGCUACCAGCGCAUGGACGUCUUUGAUCUCCAAGUAAAUCGGACCCGUCAACAACCAGUAAGAUUUACUCGUGCAGUUGAUUGGGAGACAGACCAGGUCCUUCCUGAGGGAUCAAAUGGUGGUUGA